AUGGCUCACCCCGGAUCUCAGAUCUCCAAGCGGAGAAAGUUCGUCGCCGACGGUGUCUUCUACGCCGAGCUCAACGAGUUCUUCCAGCGUGAGCUCGCUGAGGAGGGCUACUCCGGCGUCGAGGUCCGCGUUACCCCCACCGUCACCGAUAUCAUCAUCCGAGCCACCCACACCCAGGAGGUUCUCGGCGAGCAGGGCCGCCGCAUUCGCGAGCUCACCUCGCUCAUUCAGAAGCGAUUCAAGUUCCCCGAGAACUCCGUCUCCCUCUACGCCGCCAAGGUCCAGAACCGUGGUCUCUCCGCCGUCGCUCAGUGCGAGUCCCUCCGAUACAAGCUUCUUAACGGUCUCGCCGUCCGACGUGCUUGCUAUGGUGUCCUCCGCUUCAUCAUGGAGUCCGGUGCCAAGGGUUGCGAGGUUGUCGUCUCCGGUAAGCUCCGUGCUGCCCGUGCCAAGUCCAUGAAGUUCACCGACGGCUUCAUGAUUCACUCUGGUCAGCCCGCCAAGGACUUCAUCGACCACGCUACCCGCCACGUUCUCCUCCGACAGGGUGUCCUGGGUAUCAAGGUUAAGAUCAUGCGCGGCUCUGACCCUGAGGGCAAGGCCGGUCCCCAAAAGACUCUCCCUGACGCCGUUACCAUUAUCGAGCCCAAGGAGGAGCAGGCUGUCCUCCAGCCUGUCAGCCAGGACUACGGCGCUAAGGCCGCCCAAGCCGCUCAGGCUGCUCAGGAUGCUCGUGUUGCUGAGGAGGAGGGUGGUGAAGAGGCCCAGGCUGUUGAGCAAUAG